UCUUUGAAAGAACUGGGAAUCUCCACAACACGACAAUUUUCUUGGAGGUCUUCCGUUGACAAUGAAGGUUAAAAAGUUCUAUCUCGCUUUAGUCCUCUUAAUCACUUUUUCUGCAAUCUUCACGCUUGCUGAAGAGAGUGAAAAGGAUGGCGAAGCAGCAGCAGAGGCUGUAGAAACACCCGAGGAAGCGGAAUCCGCGGAAGAAGGCGACGAAACAGAGGCAACUUCUGAAGGAGGCAGCGCCGAAGAAGUGAAAGAGGAGGACGAUGUUUUGGUUUUAACGACCAAAACAUUCGACUCUGUGGUCAAGAAAAACGAUAUCGUACUUGUGGAGUUCUAUGCACCAUGGUGUGGCCACUGCAAGUCUUUGGCACCAGAAUAUGCAAAAGCUGCAAAGAGAAUGAAGGAGGCUGAUCCUCCUGUGCCAUUCGCUAAAGUGGAUGCCACAGUAGAGACAGAACUUGCCUCAAAGUAUGAAGUUAGUGGCUACCCAACAUUGAAAAUCUUCCGUAAGGGAGAGGCACAUGCCUAUGAGGGCCCUCGAGAUGAAGAAGGUAUUGUCAGUUACAUGAAAAAGAAUUCAGAUCCAAACUGGAAACCACCCCCAGAAGCUGUUGUAACUCUCACUAAAGAUAACUUCACAGAGACUGUGAACAGUGAAUCCCUGAUGCUUGUGGAAUUUUAUGCUCCUUGGUGUGGACACUGUAAAAGACUUGCACCCGAAUAUGAGAAAGCAGCCCAGGAGCUGGAGAAGAAUGACCCACCUAUCAUGUUGGCUAAAGUGAAUGCUGAUGAAGAGAAAAAAUUAGCACAGGACUAUGAGGUGACUGGAUAUCCCACACUCAAGGUGUUCCGCCAGGGCAAGGCAUCUGACUACAAGGGUUCUAGAAAUCAGUGGGGCAUUGUAGAUUACAUGCGUAGCCAAGUUGGGCCAAGUUCUAAGGAGAUGACUUCACUCAAAGCACUCAAGGACUUUAUGAAGGAGAGAGAUGAAUUAGUUAUUGUUGGAUUCUUCAAGGAUGCAAACGAAAAGUUGUAUGCAACCUACCUUGAAGCCAACAACGACAUUAGAGAUGACUACCCCUUUGCACACACCUUUGACACUGCAGCCAAGAAAUACUUUGGAAUCACUAAGAGCUCCAUUGUGAUGUUCCAACCUGAAAAGUUUAGAUCAAAGUUUGAAGAUAAACAUAUUGUUUUUAAGGGCGAUGAUCCAAAGCAAGAGGAUAUCCAAAAGUUUUAUGAGGACAAACGUAUCCCUCUUGUCGGUCAAAUGACUUCAUAUGAUCAGCAGAAGAAGUACACAAAGCGUCCUCUCUGUGUUGUCUAUUAUGAUGUGGAUUUCGGCUUUGAACAACGGAAAGCGACCCAGUUCUGGCGUCAAAAAGUUCUAGAAGUGGCCAAGGACCACCGCGAUAUCACAUUUGCUAUUGCUAGCGAGAGUGACUUUGAGAAAGAGCUGAAAGACUUUGGUCUGGAUGACUCUGGAGAAGAGAUUAAUGUUGGCUGCUUUGAUGACAAGAACAGAAAAUACAGAAUGGAGCCGGAUGAGGAAUUCGAUGAAGAUAGCCUUCGCGAAUUUGUGGAAAACUUCAAGAACGGCAACAUUAAACCAAUUGUGAAAUCACAACCUGCACCAAAGAAGAACACUGGUCCUGUGACAGUCGUAGUAGGGGAUACAUUUGAAGAAAUCGUCAUGGAUCCUAAAAAAGAUGUUCUUCUCGAGCUGUAUGCUCCCUGGUGCGGCCAUUGCAAGGCUCUUGAACCCGUCUACAAGAAAUUAGGUAAACAUUUUAAAGAUCAACCUAACAUAGUCAUCGCUAAAAUGGAUGCAACCGCUAACGACGCACCUCCAGAAUACGCCGCAGAGGGCUUCCCCACCAUCUUCUUUGCACCAGCUAACGACAAGAGGAACCCUAUCAAGUACGGCGAUGGUGAGCGAGAACUUAGCGACUUAGUGAAAUUUGUAGAGGAGAAGGCUACAGUUUCUUUGACAAAAGCUAAAGAGGAGCUUUAAAUUCUAGGUAGAAAACUCUUUUAGACUGUCGCUUUAUUUUAUAUUGCGAAAUAGACGCAACCAAAACAUUUGUGCAAGGUUGCGUUUUCGUGGACACGGAGAAGAGAAAGUAGAGAAUGUUAUUUUAAUGGCGUUUCCUGGCUAUUUUUGCAUAGGUCUUACCCAAUUCCACACAUCAGAAAAUAAAAUGCACUUUGUGCUGUAAGAGUUGGAA